AAAACCCUGAACCCUAUAGUCAUGAACUCAAGCUCAAGCCUAACGACGUGAUCAAACAAGGAGAGUCCCUCCUAUUCCCACGUAACUUGAGAGUGAAAAUGAGAAGGGUUAACGUUAACGGAGUCGCCGUCCUCGUUGGCCAAGCAAUCGGAGGCGGAGCCACCGCCGCGUCAGCCAAUCGGCAUCGAGUCCUUCAAGCGGCGCUGUACGGCACGUGCUCAAAUUUCAACUCCGAGCGCUUUGGCCUGUCGUCACGGUCUGCUCCUCCCUCUGUCACAAACGAUUGUGUCGCAGGGACAAAGUUCUUCUCUGCGGCGGCCACGUCUCUGGCUCAGGACCACGCGCACGCACACGCACACGCGCACAAGUUCUCACCCAAAGACGUGGUUCUUUACCAGUACGAAGCCUGCCCUUUCUGCAACAAAGUUAAAGCGUUCUUGGAUUAUUACAAAAUUCCAUACGGAGUAGUGGAGGUUAAUCCCAUCAACAAAAAGGAGAUCAAGUGGUCUGAUUACAAGAAAGUGCCUAUACUCAAGGUUGAUGGUGAACAGAUGGUUGAUUCUUCAGACAUAAUUGAUAAACUGUUCCAAAAACUUCAUCCUGAUAAUCCUGUUGCAAGUGGUGAUGAAGAAACAAAGUGGCGUGGGUGGGUGGAUAAUCACUUGGUACAUGUUUUAUCUCCAAACAUAUAUCGAACUACUUCUGAAGCUAUCGAAUCAUUUGACUAUAUCACCACUCACGGCAAUUUCAGUUUCACUGAGAGGAUAAUAGCAAAGUAUGCUGGAGCAGCAGCUAUGUAUUUUGUGGCAAAAAACUUAAAGAAGAAACACAACAUCACAAAUGAGCGUGCAGCAUUGUAUGAAGCUGCUGAAACAUGGGUGGAUGCUCUGAAGGGCCGGAAAUUUCUUGGGGGGUCAAAUCCUAAUUUAGCUGAUCUUGCUGUCUUUGGUGUUCUGAGGCCCAUCCGACACCUCAAGUCUGGCAAAGAUAUGGUGCAGCAUACACGGAUUGGUGAUUGGUAUACUGGAAUGGAAAGCGUAGUAGGAGAAUCUUCUAGAAUCAAGGCAUAAGUAGAAAAGAAAAGGUUUGUUAAUUGGUUGGACUUUGCUAUCUGCUUCAGCCAUCGGGUUUGUUGAAUAAAUCUUAAGUUGAUAUGCAACUAGUAAACUAUUAUUACAGGAAAUUCUGAAGUAAAAUGAAAACUCUUUUUCAAUAGACAGGCAGAGGUUUAAUAUCUGGUGUUGUGAACAAGUUGUGGCCAUAUUGUUACUUUCUGUUUUUGGUAGCUACAGUACAUAUUUACUUGAGAAAGAUCUUCCUUAUGUUUGAA